UGGUGUAUUUCAUCUGUGAUAUCAAAACAAAAUGAAGUACGCAUUGAUAUUAGCGGCUCUGAUUCUACUUGUUGGGGUAUCCGAAAUUCUCGGUCGUUCAGGAAGUAACAGGAGAGGUGGUUCCCGGGGGAGGGGAAGAGGAGGCGGAAGAAGAGGAGGGGAUCAAGAGGGCGAACGUGGGGGUCAACAGGGGCGAGGAAGAGGGAGUCGUCAUGAUGAUGACGAUGAUGAUGACGAUGAUGACCAUAGACCACCACGUUUUAGCAACGUAAGGAAGUAUUGCUGGUUGACCGAUCUCGACGAGGCCAACACCAAUAUAGAGGUAGACGUCGAUGAAUUUGCACGUGUUAACAUAAAGAGGAAUGUGUCUGUUAUGGUAUCACGUGACAGGGACCUAUUGGAUACCGAGUUCAACAGGCAUCAUACCAUGUUUGAUUUUACAACAGGAAAAAUGGGAAUCCGUUUUAGAAUCCCUCUCCCGCCAGGACCCAUUGAUGAUACGAGCGACGAUGGCGCGAAUCUUCAAAACCAUGGAUUCAACUGGCGUUUUCUUCGUGCUCGACCGCUCGACCUCUGCUUUGUGGGAGAUUCCCUGACUAGCAUGACACAAACCAUGACAGAGUUUGAAAGCAGACAAUCGAUGGUUGAAGUUUCUACUGGAGCUAGGUCAUCUUAUUCCGUGGCUGCCGCCAACAAGCUGACAUUGGAACAACUGAAAGCCCUCAGCCCCGCUAUAGCUAAGUUCUGCUGCAGGGCGGCUCGACUUGGCAAUGCCUACCAGCUUUCCUCCUCAGGAAUCGUUGUUCCCCCACCCACCACCCAAGCACAAACCACCACCAAAGCACCAACCACCACUCAAGCACCAACCACCACCAAAGCACCAACCACCACCCAGGCACCAACCACCACCAUGCCACCCACGACCACCACAGGGGCACCACCACCACCACCCCCGAACCACCCCGGAGUUAGCCCAGCGAUCGUGCCAAUUACACCCCCAGCUUACCUCCUGGCCUCUGGCUUUAUGAACCCUGCCAAUCCUGGCCAGUCCAUUCCAUACCAGAUCUCUUUCGCAUCUGAUGUCGUAAUGGAUGUGGUGCUCAUUGCUCUCGUUCUACAGUGCUGUGUGGUCGCUGUCAGCGGCUACCCUGGAGGAGCGCCUUCUUCCUCCUGCGCGGGGAUGGUUCCAGGUCACGGGGCGGCCGUCCAGGCGGGGGCAUCGCCAUACACGGUGACCAUGAACGCCUCGACCUACACCGCCGGUGACGUCAUUGAAGUCACGGUCAGUGGUGGGACCUUCAGGGGACUCCUGGUCCAGGCCCAGUCCCCGGGCUGCUUCGGAUUCCCACUACCGUCGUUUUCUGUGAUGUCCGGGGACACUAACGUUUCAACCCUCGCCUGUCCAGGACAAGCCAAUAGUGCUAUCACGCACACCAGUAGGAGCGACAAGACACAAGCGACCUUCUAUUGGACCCCGGGGCAGGAUUUGGGCCACAUUAAUUUUCGUGCCACCGUUGUCCAGAAUUUCAAUACCUUCUGGGUUAACAUCACAUCUCCUGAGCUACGAAACUCUGUGAACCCCGUCCCUGGCCCCAGCUGUCAGACCAAUGGAAACCAAGAUAAUGCAGGAGCGGAUCUCAAGGCGCAUGCCUUGUUCUCAAUACUCAGCAUUCUGGCAGCAUUGUUCUUUGUUCUGUAGGAAUUUCUAUGGUUAUACGAUAGCAAGUUACAUGUGAUUACAUGUAUAUUCCUUUAAAAAAAGACAAAUAACUGAUCAUGUCUGAUUUUAUUUUUAAAGUUUUAUUUACAUGUACUUGCUACUUUCCUAAUAAUAUAAAAAAAAGGCACAAGAAUUGUGUGAAAUGCAACAUACUUAAAUUGUCAUCACGCAUGAUAUAAAAGUGCUUAUUUUAUUUGUAUAUACUGUCUUUCUUUUUUCAACGUUUUCAAACUGUAUUCUCCAAUUUUAGUGUUUACUAUGCAUUAUCAAGUAUUUAAAUCGAUCUUCGAUCCAAAUUUUUAUCAGUGUCAGACAUCGAUUUACAAGAUAAGGGAAGAACACCUAAUUCUUUUACAUGUAUAGAAUCUUGCGUCAUGUGUAGUUUAAAAUUGGUCAAAGUUUUGUAUAUAUCAAUUGCUAUUUAUUUUAAAGUUAAUAAUAAGCAAAAUUUAACAGUUAUUUGUGAUUUACACUUUAAUAAAUAUACAGUAUCUAUUCGGAAAUCUAGUCGUUAAAAAAACUGGACACGAAGCAUAUGUCAAAAAAUUAUGAAAUUUAUGAUAGUUACUACACUGUAUAAAUAGUGAGUUUUUCUUAUUAUAAUAAAAACAUUGAAUGCUGAAACAUAGCCUAUAGUGUUGCCUACUUCUUAUAAUUUCAUUAAAAGAACAUUAUAUGCAUAUUUGUUCCUAUACGAUAUAAGUCAUUCCUAAAUUUUAUUUCUGAUUUUUUUUUUUUGUAUUAUUUUCAUAUAUUUAUAAUAAAGAAGUUAUUACGCA